UAGGAAAAUUCGUGGGAAACUGUUGGCGUCUUGGAACAAUCACUCUAACUUGCUUUCAACAAGUGUCAGACGGCCACUACACCAAAAAAGAUGCGAACACUUCUUCCUCUCAUUCCCUGAUUCCCACAAAUCUCUGCACCAUUUAUAUGCCAUAUCUCUCAGGUCUAGUGCAUCCCCAUCUUCCCAUUCAUGUAUUCCCGUUGCUUCAAUUUUUUGGAUACCAAUCAGCAGCACAAUGACCGACCUUCAAAAUAUGCUUCUGCUUCUGCACUAUUUAAAUGCAUUCCUCGCAUUCUUUCAGUCCUACACCCUCCACUUCUCAGCAUACCUGAUGGGGAAGAUCUACCGGCUGUGGGAACUGGCCAGAUCUCCCCUGCCAUGGUGCUACAGGAAAUUUGAGUACCUGUUGAAGUGGUCUCACAAGGCCAUGCUGUUCUAUCUGAACUCUUUCUGGAUACAACUGCUUUAUUUCAUGAUAAUUUCCCUGUUGGGGUUCUUCGUCCUGGUUAUUCUGGAUCGAAAGAUCACCAGGAUCGACAAGCCCACUGCCAAUCUCGAUCUGUUCUACAUGUCGGUGUCGGCGACGACUGUUUCGAGCUUGGUGUCGUUGAACAUGGAAGAUUUCUCUGUUUCUCAGCUCGUGGUGCUCAUUGUCUUGAUGUUACUCGGAGGGGAGGUGUUCACUUCCAUAAUUUCUUUGAAUUUGAAGAAGAUUCGUCUCAGAGCUGUAGUGGCUCAGAAAGAGCCCAAAAUCUGCACCGUGACUGAUAUCGAGUCUGCAAACCAAUUGCACUCUGGUGGCAAUAUCAACAGCGACAGCACCACCACCACCACUGCCGUCGCCGCCGAAUCCGCCGCCGCCGCCGCAAGGAGUAACGAUACAGAACCAGAGGCUUUCACCACUGAACAAAAGAAACUCAAGUGCCUGAAUCAUUUGAGGCAUCUGUUGUUGGGAUAUUUUACUGUCGUUCAAUUAUGCGGAGUAGCACUCAUUCUCUUAUACUUUUGCCUCAAUGCGGAUGCUAGAAGGAUAUUGGAGAGAAAGCGGAUCAAUCCUGUUCUGUUCUCAGUAUUUACAACUGUUUCUUCCUUUGCAAGCUGCGGCUUGAUUCCAACCAACGAGAACAUGAUGGCAUUCAAGGAACACUCUGUUUUGCUCAUCAUUCUGAUCCCUCUGGUGAUGAUGGGCAGCACCAUGUUCCCUCCAUGCGUGAAUCUUGUGAUGUGGGUCAUCAAGAGGGCGUUUCCGAGGGCAGAACUCAAUUAUCUGUUGGAGAACGCCGGGGAGCUGCGCUUCGCCCACCUGUUCCCGCUCAAGAAUUCUCUCUUUCUGGCGGCCUCUGACCUCGGAUUCAUUACGCUGCAGUUCAUACUGUUCUGCUUCUUGGAGUGGAACUCGGAAGCAACUGAGGGUCUAAGUGCUUACCAGAAGGUGAUUGGCGGCCUCUUUCAGUCCGUUAAUUCGAGACAUUCAGGCGAGUCGGCCUUCAACAUUUCUCUGUUUUCGCCCGCACUUUUGGUGGUCUACAUAAUCAUGAUGUACAUUCCUCCUUACACCUUUCUAUCACCAAACAAGGAGGAGGGUGCAAGAGGGGAGAUUAUUGGAGGCGGGAAGAAGGGGAAGGGAGGGGAGGCCCUGAGGUUCUGGUUGCCGCCACAGGCGGCCUACCCCAUCCUCUUCAUCGUCAUCGUCUGCCUCGCCGAGCAGAGCAGCAUCCGGCGGGACCCACUCAACUUCAGCGUCCUCAGCAUCGCUUUCGAAGUCAUGAGCGCUUAUGGAAACGUAGGAUUGUCGAUUGGCUAUAGCUGCCAGCGGCUACUUAGGAUCGUAAAAGGAGACUGCAGGGAUACGAGUGCAAGUUUCUCAGGAAAGUGGAGUAAGCAAGGGAAGAUCGUCAUCAUAAUUGUGAUGUUCUUUGGAAGACUGAAGAAGUUCACAGCAGGCGGUGGAAAAGCUUGGCAUACUCUGUAAGAGCCAGCACAAUCUAAGAGAGGAAAAGGUGCUGGUGGGAAUGUCACUUAUGUUUGAAAUGUGUAAUAACCUCUCUUCAAAAGAUCUUGCCGAAGGCAAGCUCUUCAAACGUAAGAUGCCAACCACUUGCUCAUCAAAGGAGAGCAAUUUCUUCGCUAAAACUGUUCGCGCUAUGGGCAUGCUAUGAAUUCUGACCAAGUUGAUCGAAUAUCGUCUAACUACUGCGUUGAGAAUGACCACAUUGAUCCAACCGAACACUCAUAAGAUUAUAAAUGCG